GAUUUCUACAGAAUGUGGUUAAUGUAAAAGUCUACAAACUGCACAUCCAGCCGGAAAAGGGCCCGAAAUAUCUGCUGUGCGAAGAAGAAUUGCUUCAUGAUUAUAUUUUCGAUUAUUUGGUUGGACAAAACUAUGGAAUCGUUGAAGAAUAUAAAAACGCUUUGUGCUGUGGUUGUGCGAAAUGCCGCAAAAUACAUACAAAUGGAAAUUGUACAGUUUAUGAACCAAUACAAUUCCAAUAUUUUGGUGAACGUUCGAUAUCUAGUCAGUUUUUGGCAUUAGUCCAUCAGAGAUUUGGUAUUAGUGGUGCACGCCGACUUUGUAACCGCUUUUUGGCGAUAGAGGAACAAUUCGACAGUUGUUCUUUCUAUGAAUUUAGUAACUUUGGAAUGGAUGCGAUCAUUCGGAUCCGAGCUGUAUGGAGAAUCGGUGUCAACGGAACUCAUGGAACAAAUCAAGACAGAUUCACACGAUUACAAAGAAUUGGGAAUAAAAGAUUGGUUGCUUCAUACGGUCAUACGCGAGCCCCCAGGACUUCAGCAUGAAGGGAAUCACCGCGCGAAUGAAUUCAUCAAUUCACGGAUAACAUGUCACACAUUUACUGUUAUACUACUUGGAACAGAAGUCCUCUCGAUACCAAGAGACUUUUUAAAUCGGCUCAUUCCAAAAUGGAAUGUCAAGAAUUUCAGACUAGAGUUUCGAUUCAACGCUCGUAGUGCUUGGGAUCCUUAUCUUUUUAAAACGGCACCUUCAAAUGCUGUGUUCAAUGUCCCAUUCAACACACAAUCAAUUUCUAAUGUUUUACUUGGAAAGGUGGAGGUUGAUUUACAAUACACGAGGAAGAUGCUACUUGCUAUGGAACUACUUCUGGAGUAUGACUAUUAUUGGAAAUUGGACAAUAUAAUUGCAAAUGUCCAAAGGAACUUCCCGAGCAAUAGUCUGACGGUACUCUUUCCUAAAACUCAUCUUCUCAUUUCACCGGAAAAUAUGGGUAGGGUCGCUGCAAAACUUAUCAGGCUCACUGAAAAGAACCAACAGAGAAAUGGAAUUGUUACAUUCAAAUUGUACUAUCAGCACGAAGAAGGAGAGGAAGAAGAGGAGGAAGAGGUAGAUGAGGACGAGGACGAGGAAGGGGAAGAGGGAGAGGAAGAGGAAGAAGAAGAAGACGAGGAGCCCAUCUUGUAGGAGAACCACCUGAGAAUUGUUGGUAUCUCGAAGACAUUCUCACUAUCCCCAAAGAAAUCAUCAAAGACGCAUUUGGAGAUGUAACUGUCUGGUAUGGAAAAAGUUUCCAAUUGAGGAAUUCAAUAGCAAACCGGAGAAUUCACUUCAAUUUAUUCUAUACCAAAAACUAUCUGAAAAAGUUCUUCAUGGAGAGAGAUGGAUGCAUGAUGGAAACUGAAUUUUUACGGCAUUUCAAGGACAUUGCGAACUAAGU